AUGGUGCCUCUGAUCGCCUUGCAGUCGACGAAGAGAGCCGAGCUCGGUCGCGCCGUCAUCGGUGCGCUCAAGCACUUGACGCACUCUCCAGCCAACGACGACGGUGACGACACUGCUCCCGAUGCCAACCCUGGACAGCUACAUGCAGACGAGCAUAGUUUGCCUGAAACCGGGUCUACGCACUCGUCCACGGUGCCCGUCGUCACCAUUGAUCCAGUCCCGUACGAGAUUGCAGCAACUGAGGCUGAUCCACAGCAGCCGACUCCGAGCGCCAAGACCAACGCUGCUGCUCUAUACACUCAGACUCACGUCAAGAACCAAGAAGGCAAUGCUAUGAUGGAAUACUCGUCGUCGUCAGAUUCUGCAUCGUCGAACAAUGACGAGUCGAACAAUACGCCAAGAUUGGCUGUUCCGGGCGAAGAUACAAUCCACGUAUCCAACUCGACGGCGGAUUUGCUCUCGCUUGCCAUUCAGCGAAAUGCCAGCAUGCACAGCCUGCCUGCAUCCGAGCAGGAUUCGCUGGCCUCCAUCACGGCAAACUGCAUCGAGGAGUGCCAACCGGAGACCAGGCGGGGCGAGCUGUUGUACACGCCGGCAACGCCAACCUCCGCCAUGUCCUUCACCGACUAUCGCCACGAGUCUGACGACGACGACGAGGACGAGUACGAAAUGCCAUCUGUUGCAGAUGGCGAGGAUGCGACAAGCAAGAAUCGCCAUUUGGGCCAGCGCCUUCACAACAUGCUGCAUGCAACCCACCAGCACGUGCAUCUUCCUCAUCGACAUGGCGGCAAAAUCAUCGACGCGGUAGCAGCAAAAGACGGGGCCCUGACUCCGGAAUCUUCUGGCGACUCGGUGACGGAUGCAGAGGAGAGCUCGCGCGCCUGGCAUCGUGUGCGCGAGUACCAUGGCGACCUGAGCUCGUAUCUGCAGCGCAUCCACGUUGAGCACAACAUUAACGAGCGCACGGCGUGGGCCGCAACCGAAAGUGUGCACGUCAAGCAUCUGCUGGACGAAAUGCUGGGCCUCGCCCAGGACAAUGCCGCGUACUUUCGCAACAAGGCCACCGUCAAGCCCACCUUUGGCAGUCGCCCGCGCGCCGAAUCGGCCGAGCGGUUUGAAAUGCUCUUCUUCCGUGCCCACUCAACCGUGCUGGCCAUUCGGCACGACACCUUUUCGCUGUGCUGGCUCGCGCCACUGUUUGACUUUGAUGAGCAUGUCAAGUCAAGUGGGUACCGCUCCCUCGUGCGCGUCGUCAUGGCUUGCUUGAGCAAGUUGGCCAAAGAGAUGCGUGCGUUUACAUUGAGCCGGGACUCGCUCCUCUUUCGCGCCGACGCCAGCUUUGUCGUCAUGGAAGACUACAUCAAAACGCUCGAACUGCUGAGUGCCAUGCUGAACAUUGCUCUGCGCAUGGCCUCGCUGGGGCACAGCAACAGUGUUUUCCCUGGCGACGCGUCUCUCGGGCCUCUGCCGGCGUCGACCCUUGCCGCAGCCGACUCUCUUCUCGCCGAAGUCGAGGGCAUUCAAUGUGCUCGUUUCUAUGGCCGGAAGUUUGGGUUUCAGUAUUCAAAGCCGAUGCGAACCACCCUCAAGGUGAUUCUGAUUGCCAUGGCGUCGUACAGCUAUGGGUUUAACAAUAACAAGAGCGACCUGGCGCAAAAGGUGUUUGCGCUUGCGUCCAGCCCCUUGUACGUGUUUGGCUCGGAGGAUCGCGCUCGCAGUCUCAGCAAGCAACUCUUGCGUGGCGAUCUUGCCUUUUCCAAGGCGUUCUGGAACUUGACGGAGAAUACGAUGGCCAAGCACGUCUCCAAAGUCGUCUCUGCGAACGUUUCUGUCAACUUUGUCAUGAAGAUUCCCGUCGUUGCGUUGACGUGCCCUGCCGACGAUCCAAGUCGCUAUCCGGCGGGCGGGAAUGUGCAUCUCAGUGUUGAAACGCUUACCAAUGAUGGCUUGUUCGACGUUGUCCAUGCCCGUCUCAUUUCGCACGAGUGGUACGCUGGUCAAAUGUACGAGUGCGCCCACGUUGAGAGAGGUGGCGAAUCCGAGUCGCGCCUCUUCACCAAGGCAAAGCCAAUGUCGAAUGCCUUGAUUGUCCACUUCCACGGAGGCGGCUUUAUCUCUCAGAGCUCCAAGUCUCACGAAAUUUACCUGCGUGAAUGGACACGCGAGCUCGACUGCCCGAUUGUGUCUGUGGACUACACGCUUGCCCCAGACGCCCCGUACCCGCAGGCUCUGUUUGAGUGUCUGUUCACGUACGUGUGGGCGCUCAAGAAUGCGGCGCGGCUUGGUACGACGGCCGAAACGGUCAUUCUUGCGGGAGAUUCUGCAGGCGCCAACCUUUGCUUGACGGUUGCCCUCAAAUGCGUCGAGCUGGGCAUUCGACGCCCUGCGGCGGUCUUGGCGUGCUAUCCGCCGUGCUUGAUCCAGUAUUGGCCUGCCGCUUCGCGCAUGCUGAGUGUGAUGGACGCGCUGCUGCCGACCGCCGUGCUGAAAAACUGCCUCGCUGCGUAUGUGACCGGCACAGACAAGCUUCCAACCACCGUCACCAAGGCUGAGCGCUCCGGACCUCGUCGAACCUCAUCCAAAGCCGACGCUGUCAUUUCCACGGACGCCGGCGAAGGCGAGACAGUCACCGUUUCCGCGAAAACGGCGGCAACGGCAAUGCAGGCCGCAGCCGAGUCUGGAGGCGCAAACGCACCAUCCAGCGCCGGGCCUCCCGCGGCUGGCUGGCGCAUGGAUCCUUUCAUUUCGCCGUUGGUUGCGUCGGAGGAGGCGCUUCGACGUCUGCCGCCAAUCCAGAUUGUUGCUGCUGGGCUCGAUCCGCUGCUGGACGACUCCAUCCAAUUUGCCCGUCGUCUUCGCAGCGUCGGCCACCCGGUCAAGCUGCACGUGUUUGACACGCUUCCCCACGGCUUCCUGAGCUUUUCAAAGAUUGUCGACGAGGCCGAUGCGGCCUGCCGCUUUUGCACAAGGUUCAUGGCUGGCGUAUUUACCGCUGGCCGCUCGCGUGUUGGCACAAAUUUUGCAGCCGCCAUGUCAUCCGCCGCUUCGAAAGGUGCUCACGGUGGUGCCGGCAUGGCUGCCGCUCUCCAGCGCCGGUCAGCGACCGAGAGCGUCGUCCAGCAUAACGAGUUGGCGCCCCAACCGUGA